AUGACACAGACCAAGUACGUUGAGAACAACUGCGUCAUCACCGACAGAGACGGCAUCGUUGAGAACAUCCACCGCGUCCAUGUCGCAGUCACAGACUCUAACGGCAACAUCCUCUACUCUGUUGGUAGCCCCGCAAGGGUUACUCUGGCCCGAUCGGCAGUCAAGCCUGCACAAGCUCUCGCCGUCAUCGAGACGGGGGGUUUCGACGAAGCAGGCUUUGAUGAAAUCGAUCUUGCCCUCAUGUGCGCGUCGCAUAAUGCCGAACCAAGACAUGUCGAACGUGCUAGAGGCAUGUUGAUCAAAGCCAAAGCGCAAGAAAGCGAUUACCGAUGCGGUGGACAUGCUUCACUAAACCAUGCUGUCAAUCAAGACUGGGCGCAGAAGGGCUUGGACGUCACGGGAGGAGUUUACAAUAACUGCUCUGGUAAACACGCUGGUAUGAUGGCUGGAGCUCUUGCUCUAGGUGCCAGUAUAGCAAAUUACCACUGUCCAGAUCAUCCGAUGCAAGUUCAGGUCAAAAGGGUCGUUAAGGAGCUUUGCCCGGACCCUAGUCUUGUUCAAUGGGCCACCGAUGGCUGUAAUCUUCCCUCUCCUGCGUUUCCCCUCUUCUACUUGGCGCUCAUCUGCGCUGUCUUUGCCGCUGGUGCAGAUUCUACCGAGCAAGAGGGUUCUUCCGCACGCACGAGAAAUCUUGCCCGAAUUUUCAAUGCGAUGUCUAGCUAUCCGGAAUACGUGGCAGGAGAAGGGCGUUUCUGCACAGACCUAAUGCAGGUGUACAAGGGGCAACUGAUCGGUAAAGUAGGUGCUGAUGGGUGCUAUGGAGUUGGUAUACGUGAAUCUGAGCAGACUCGAAGUGUAGGGGCACGUGGGCCGUUGGGAAUCUCUGUCAAGGUUGACGAUGGAAACCUUGAUAUCCUGUACGCUGUUGUGGUUGAAGUAUUGGAACAACUACACAUUGGGACAACAGACACAAGGGAAGCUUUGGAAAAGUGGCACCACUUUAAGAGAAGGAACACGAUGGGUAUUUUUAUCGGCUCUGUCUCUUUUGACUUCAAGCUGCGAUCAGCUGCCUGA